GAAGUAAGAAAGAACGAACGGAAGGAGAAAGGACUGUGAUUGAUUGAGAUACCGAUACACUGCUCUUACGUUUCCGCGUUGUGGAUCUCUCUCUGAUUUUCCAGUCUUCGCCAUGGCGGAGCGUGCUUCUUACGGAUUGGGACCUCGAUUAGCGAGGCAUCUGACGCAAUAGAGAUGUUCUCCGGUUAUUUUCUUCAUCUCCUGUCACGUGACCUAGACUGUUUUUCAGUCAUCUUCUUCAAGUCCAACGAAGCUUCUGAUGUCACUCAGACAUUUUCAGAUAUUCAGCAAUUACAAUUUGAAGCCCAGCAUCGGUGGCUGCGUCCUGCAGAAAUAUGUGAAAUUCUUCGCAAUUAUCGAAUGUUUCAGAUCACAUCAGAACCGCCUAACAGGCCACCAAGUGGUUCCCUUUUUCUUUUUGAUCGGAAGGUUUUAAGGUACUUUAGAAAGGAUGGACAUAAUUGGAGAAAGAAAAAAGAUGGAAAGACUGUGAAGGAGGCUCAUGAGAAGUUAAAGGUGGGAAGUGUUGAUGUGUUACAUUGCUACUAUGCCCAUGGAGAAGAAAAUGAAAAUUUUCAGAGGCGAAGCUAUUGGAUGCUUGAACAGGAUAUGAUGCAUAUUGUAUUUGUCCACUACUUGGAUGUUAAGGUCAACAAAACCAAUAUUGGUGGAAGUACAGAUACUAGCGAGGCUACAUCAGAUUCCCAGAAGAGCAGUUCUUUGUCAUCUGGCUUUCCCAGAAAUUAUGGAGGUAUGCCUUCAAGAAGUACCGAUUCCAUGAGCCCAACUAGCACUUUGACAUCUUUAUGUGAAGAUGCUGAUUCAGAGGAUAUUCACCAAGCAAGUUCUGGAUUACACUCUCAUCAUGAAUCACAAUAUUUGGGGAAUGGUCGUCCGAUGGAUAAGAUUGACGCUUGUUCAAAUAGUUCAUAUCUUGUGCUUCCAUUUUCAGGUGAUCAUGGACAGGUACCAAUUUCUGGAACAGAUUAUAUGCCACUUGUUCAGGGGGACAAAUCUAGAGCCAGUGAUACUACGUACAUUGAGGGCAAAAAAUCCUGGGACAAUGCCAUGGAGCAAUCUUCAGGAGUGCAUACUGAUCCUUCUCUUGUUUCAUCUAGAUCCAUUCCAUCAAGCUCACUGGGAAACAUUCUUGAAGGAGAUCAUACUGUUCUGUGCAGCCUUUUAGGGCAUAAAAAUGUCCUCACUGAAGACGAAAGUGGCUCUCAUCCUCUCCAAUCAAAUUGGCAGAUUUCUUUUGAAGACAAUACAGGAGAAUUGCCUAAAUGGGGCUUCGCUGCAUUUGGAUCUGAGUAUACUGGUUUACUGGGGGAAGAAACUAAUGAUGCAUGUCCAGAAAUUGUUCCUGAGCUCUUCACUUUUAAUGAUGAGCCGAAGGAGCAGUCUGUGCAGCAAAACUUCUCGAAGCAGUAUGCACAUACACAAUCUAAUCCUGCACAGAAAUCCAAUUCUGAGGGUGAAGUUCCUGGUGAUGAGAGUGUCAACUCCACCUUGACCAUGAAACGUGCAUUCUUGGGCGGAGAGGAGAGCCUACAGAAGGUUGAUAGCUUCUCCAGGUGGAUUACUAAAGAACUUGCAGGAGUGGAUGAUCUGCAUAUGCAGUCUUCCCCUGGUAUUUCAUGGAGCACUGAUGAAUGUGGGCAUGUGAUAGAUGACACCUCACUGAAACUGUCCCUGUCUCAAGACCAGCUCUUCAGUAUAAAUGAUUUUUCACCUAAAUGGACUUAUGCUGAAUCUGAAAUUGAGGUGUUGAUUAUUGGAACAUUUUUGAAGAGUCAACCUGAGGUGGCAACAUGUAAGUGGUCCUGUAUGUUUGGGGAAGUGGAGGUUCCUGCUGAGGUUUUAGCUAAUGGAAUUCUGUGCUGUCAAGCUCCAUCUCUUAACAUUGGACAGGUUCCCUUCUACGUAACAUGUUCCAAUAGGUUUGCUUGUAGUGAAGUUCGGGAAUUUGAGUACAGAGAGGGCUUUGAUAAAAACAUAGAUUUUGCAGAUUUUUAUAACAGUUUGGCUGAAAUGACGCUUCAUUUGCGACUGGAAGAGUUACUUUCUUUAAACACAGUGCACCCUUUGAAUCAGGCUUUUGAGGAUAAUAUGGAGAAAAGAAACUUAAUUUUCAAGCUUAUUUCGCUGAAAGAGGAAGAAGAAUAUUCAAGUAAAGAAGAGCCAACUGCAGAGACAGAUAUAUCAAAACACAAGUUGAAGGAGAUGUUUCACAGGCAGGUUAAAGAGAAGUUGUACUCAUGGCUUCUUCACAAAGUGACUGAAACUGGUAAAGGGCCUAAUGUAUUGGGUGAGAAUGGGCAAGGCGUGUUACAUUUAGUUGCUGCUCUUGGUUAUGAUUGGGCCAUAACACCAAUCAUAACUGCUGGAGUGAAUAUCAACUUCCGUGAUGUGAAUGGAUGGACAGCACUACACUGGGCUGCAUCCUGUGGCAGAGAGCGAACAGUUGCUAUCCUUGUCACCAUGGGUGCAGCCACUGGAGCUCUGACAGACCCAUCCCCAGCAUUUCCUUCAGGUAGAUCACCUGCAGAUCUUGCUUCUAGCAACGGCCACAAAGGAAUUUCUGGUUUUCUUGGAGAGUCAUUAUUAACUAGCCACGAGUCAUUAUUAACUAGCCACCUCGAAUCACUCACAAUGGAUGAAAAUAAAGAUAGUAGGAAAGAAGCUUCAGGAAUGAAAGCUGUGCAUACAGUUUUUGAGCGAAUUGCAACACCUGUGCGUUAUGGUGAUAUACCAGAUGCUAUCUGCCUUAAGGAUUCUCUAAAUGCUGUUCGUAAUGCUACACAAGCUGCUGAUCGCAUACAUCAAGUAUUCAGAAUGCAGUCAUUCCAGAGGAAACAGUUAGCUCAAUGUGAAGAUGAUGAAUUUGGAUUGUGGGAUCAACAAGCUCUUUCCCUUCUAGCUUCUAAGGCUUGCAAAUCUGGACAAGGAGGUGGUUUAGCCAAUGCUGCUGCGGUACAAAUACAGAAAAAGUUCCGUGGUUGGAAGAAGAGAAAAGAAUUCUUGAUCAUUCGUCAAAGAAUUGUUAAAAUCCAGGCCCACGUAAGAGGUCACCAGGUAAGAAAGCAGUUUAAAUCAAUCAUUUGGUCCGUGGGAAUCCUGGAGAAGGUCAUAUUACGGUGGAGGCGCAAGGGCAGUGGUUUACGUGGAUUUCGACGAGAUGCCCUUAAUAAGGUCCCCGACCAACCAAGCGAUUCUUUGAAAGAGGAUGAUUAUGAUUUUCUGAAGGAAGGAAGGAAACAAAGUGAAGCAAGGUUCCAAAAGGCCCUUUCACGGGUGAAGUCCAUGGUUCAGUAUCCAGAGGCACGGGCUCAAUACCGGCGGCUGCUAAAUGUAGUAGAAGACUUCCGUGAAACCAAGCAGGGAGGUAAUUUGAAUUUGGUAAAUUCGGAAGAGACUGUUGAUGGUGUGGAGGAUUUGAUUGAUAUUGACAUGCUUUUAGAUGAUGAAAAUUUCUUGCCCAUAGCAUUCGAUUGAUUUGUCUGCGGUACCCCCCGACCUCGCUGUAAAUAGAAUGCCAGUCGGUUUUAUUCGGCAUUGGAAAGGUCCCUAACAUCGUGUAUUGCUGUAUAUAUCUAUAUAUCUAUAUAUAUAUAUAAUCAGAAUUCAGAAUUACUUGGAUCCUAGAUCUUCCUGUUUUUGUACCCCAAAAACUUUUGGAUCUAAGGCUGGCUACUAUAAUAGAUUAUGAAACAUGGAAUGCUUUCGGAUUUGACAUUUCAAAUAUGUAAUCUAGACAUGGUUUAAUUUUAUAUAUGGUGAUUUUUAUAUGACAGG